CAAAUUAAGCCUGAAGUCAAAGCAGAGAAAAUCCCCGAAAAGCCCAUAAAAGCAGAUAGAAUUUCAGACAAGCAAAGUAAAGCUGAAAGACUCUUAGAGAAGCACUUGAAGAUUGAUAGAAUUUUAGAAAAACAACUUAAAGCAGAUAAAAUGUUAGAAAAACAGUGUAAAUCUGAGAAAUUCACUGACAAGUUGAUUAAGGCUGACAAGCAGGCAAAAGGAGAUAGCAAUACAGACCAGACAAAAGCUGAGAAAAUCACUGACAAGUCUGGUAAGGCUGACAAAUCCAUGGAUAAAGGUUCCUCAGAGAGUGUGUCAACUGUAAAGACGGAACCAGUCCAGGAACCCGAGAAAAAGAGUGUGAAAAAGAAACUCAGUGAGACUAUCUUCUGCCUUGUGUCUGUGCCACUUUCGCAGUCCAGUGCAAAAUCUCGAGAUCAAAACAACAAUGAAGAGAAAGAACCAGACUCUCCUCCAAUUCCUCCUCCUCCUCCACCAAGCUCCUCCAGCGAAAACAGCAACACCCUCAGCUCCCUGCCAAACCAAAGCCUCAAAAGCACAUCCACCACCUCCACUGACUUGGAGCUACAAGCACUCACACUUGGCAGCGGGUCCAGUAGCAUAGCCACAAGGAGAGCUCAUCGCAGAAGGAACUCACGCUCUAGGAUCAUUAAGCCAAAUCCACAUGAUGAGCUUCGAAGGUAUUCUGGGGCUUGGCCAGGGGACCAGUACCGUGACCAGGAGACCCAAACGAGCCCUGAGCCCACAAAGAGCAAUGCAAAUCCAGGUCCCGCCAAUACAGAAGCACAAGAUGCUCCUGCUGCCCCAGAGGUAACAGCUACUGCUGAGACUACAUCAGUGGCUCCAGGGGCUGCCCCAGGGGCUCUUGGGGCUUUGACGGCUCCAUCAGUUCCAUCAGUGCCACCAGUUCCCCCGACUCCAGCAGCUCCACCAACUUCAGGAGGUCCUGACUCCAGCACCCCUUACGGGUAUCCCAUGAAGGGUCAGAAAAGCCUAAAACCAUCCAGCAACAGUGCUUUUUCACGGACAGGUACCUUCUCCAAGAGCACAGGUUCUCACAGACCUCCAUUACAUCCCCCGCCACACCCUCCACCCCCACCUCCAACCCAACCUCCAUCUCAACCUCCACCCCCUCCACCAACACAGCCCCCGGCUCAGUCCCCACCAUCAGAUCUGACUGAAGAGGCAAAGUCUGCCUCAGGGCCAAACCCUGAGGCCUUCGGCCAGUUCCUGCUGAAGCCAGUGAGCCGACGACCAUGGGAUGCCAUUGAGGAGCUUGAGACCAUCAAUAAAGAGGCCCAAGACCAAGCAAGUAAACGCCCCAGUGUAGACCAGUGCAUUGAGGAUCUUAAUGAGGCCUACAAAGAUAUCCUGGAGCUCAGCACUGCCAGCAAUAACCUUCCCAACCGUUCCUCCAUGCAAAUCCCUGACCGCAUCAAAUCGAGGCUAUCUUCAGAUUCAAUUGGAAUUCCUGCAACCACUCUUCGGCCAAGCUUGGUUCCUGGAAGCGACCCAGAAUACCGGGAGGUGAAAAGUGCCUUUUCCCGACCAUCAACUGGGAAGAGUGUGAGCUUCAGCAAACAGCUAAGAGAGGAGAUUUGUCCUGCUCCUCCCCCACCAGAACCAGGUUUCAGAGAUUACAAAACAGUCAUGUCCCAGAUAACCCAACGCAAAGCCUGCAGAUCAGUGAAGCUGGACAUCCCAGCCCCCAAAGAGACCCAAAGAGAUGAUGAUUUGACUGCACAAACCUCCUCCACCUCUUCCAUGGCAGCCGAGGUCCCAUGGGCUGACAGACAGCCCAUGCAAGAUGCCUCCACUCUAACCAGCCCCCCAGACUACGAGCACAUCUGUCAAACUCUCCAAAUGGCCCGAGAAUCUGGGGCCGUUAGCCGAGCUUCUGUCAAAUCCAAACCAGGAAGUGCCAUGAGCAUCGAAACCCCACAGCAUGUGCCCAUACCUAGUAGGCCUCCCAUAGAUUCAGAACAGCCAUGUUGUUCUUCAGCAUUAGAAGUGAGACAGGAACCAGUCUCAUUAUUCAGGGAGGAAAGAAGCUCAGGCUUUAGGAGGGUAACAAGCCACAAUAAUAGGUUCCUUAAUAACAGGGGUGUGCUCUGUAGCCUUGCAACCGGAAAGCCAGUUGGUGACAAAGCAGGUUUAGAGCCCAACCCAGAGGUUCCUGCUGACUGGCAGAUGCAGCUUUCAUUAGCUGAAAAGCAUAUUGCUACUCUGAUUACAGGAGAGGGUUCAGCAGUAGACCUUGAUGAGUCAAACAAGAAUAAAGGUGAUACAGACAUUCUGGCAGUGAGUCAGUUGAGAAUGAAGUGA